GAGACUAAAAUCUUUUCGAGCGAGAAAGAGAUAUUGAAACAACAAUGGCGGUCAGGAUAGCAAUCGGAACAGCCACAAAACCUCAACUCAUUCAUCAUUUCCGAUCAUCCAUCAACUCCACCGCCGGAAAUUAUAGAUUGGCGGUGUUCAAAGCGUCAGCUUCCUUUUCAUCUUCGCCGGCACCGAGAAAACUGAUACUUUACUCAAAGCCCGGAUGCUGCGAUGGCCUCAAAGAAAAACUCGAUGCCGCAUUCUCUCUCUCCAGCCCCAAUUCAAUCGGAGACAUCGAUUUGCAGGUGAGGGAUAUUACGACUAAUCCGGAUUGGGAGAGGCUUUACCAAUACGAGAUACCGGUGUUGGCUAGAGUCCGGGAAGAUGGCGUGGAGGAGACACUCCCAAGAUUAUCUCCCCGUCUUGGAGUUGAGCUUGUUCAGAAGAAGAUAGCAGCCGCAUUUGAUCAAUGAACGGCAUACCCUACUGUGAUUUGGUCUCUCAAAUGAUGUAAGAGCUACAAAUGUGUAACCUUCAUACUUUUACUAUGCUUAAGAUGAUUUGGUGUUUUUUUCAGUUAAAA